AUGGACGAACUAGCGAAAAGAGCUGAAUCUUAUACUCAAGUCAAAAUUGACAACUUGAACGUCCAAAAUUGGCUUAGCGGCGGAACUCACAAGGUCACCGGAAAAAUCAAGAAAUUUGAGCUUGGAGAUAUAAACUUUCCAGGCCAAGAGAAAUUGGAAACAAAUCGCGAAGCUUUCUUUCAUUUCAAUCCGAGGAAUUGGAAUCAAGAAGAAGCGGAAAUUCGAAAUUACUUCUACGAGCCGACAGGUCUACUUACUGAUCUUCAGGACAAAACUCUCAUUGUCUGUAUCAACGGAUACACGCCGCCAGACACCAACGCUCCGAACUACCCAGGAAGGAUUGCCGGCCAAUUUGAAGUCGCUUUCGUAAAAUGCAUCAACAUUUAA